CCUGAAGGCAGCAUCCCCUGGCAACAACGUAGUGUGGUUUCAGCUAAAUUGAUUUAUGACCUUUCUUAUUAAGAAAAGUAAGGAUAAACCAAACGAAGUCAACAAAAAUACUACAGGAAAGAGCAAAAAUCCGUCAUAAUGGAGGAUAUAAUCAGUUCUGAAGACAGAGAGAGGUCCUUAUAUUUAAAACAAAUUCAAUAUUUGGACGAGCAGCUGGAGAGAUGUCAGCUUAAAUGUGGCGAGCUGGAAAAGGAGAACAAGAAGUUCGUCUCUCAGUACAAAACGCUGGAGACUGACAAGAACGACAUCAUCGAGUACCUGAAACACUCUAAGGCUGCAACAGAGAAGGAGGUGGAAAAGCUGUCGGAGCAGCUGGAGAGUCAGCAGAAGGUGGCUGAACAGGACAGAGAGGCGCUGAAGAUGCAGCACAGCCAGCUGACGCAGGAGCUUCAGGACCAGAUGAGUGAAUUGAACUCACAGAGCGUGGUGCAGGCUUUAAAGUUUGAGGCAGAGAAGGAGCAGCUGAUGUCCGAUAUUGAGUCUCUGAAGGAGCAGCAGGUCAAUCAGAAGGAGGAGCAUGAAGCUGCCAUCAACAGCCUGAAGGAGGAUGCAGAGCUUGAAAGAGAAAACGUCAUGUACGAGGUUCAGGACGACAUGGAGAUCUCCCUCCAGGAAAGGAUUUCAGAUGCUCUUCAGAAGGAGAGGGCUCAGCAUGAAGAGAAGAUGGAGAGGCUGCAGUUCCUGCUGAGGGAGAACAUGGCCCUCUUGCAGGAGAAAGAUAGGCUGCAGUGCGCAGACAGUGACCUUCGCUCGAAGAUUGACAGAUUGAAGGAAACUCUCAGUCGGGUUCAACUGGAGAGCCUCAAUGACAAGACGGAGCUGGAGCAGCUGAUGCAGAAGUGUCAGCGGCUGAGCGCCGAGCUACACCACUACAAGACCACCUCAUCAGACCAGGAAACCCUCAUAAAGACUCUCAGGCAGGACCUGACCUCGGUGUCCGAGCAGUUCCGUCAAAAAACUCUCGAGGCAGAUCAGCUGGGGAAGAAGCUGAGGGAGGAGACGAUCAGGAAGAAGCAGCUGGAGACCGACAUUCAGGACUCGGUCGUUAUUCUCAGACAUAUCCUGGAGAAGUCUGAGUGGACGGCUGAGACUGAGCGGACGAUGCAGAGGCUGCUGGAGAUCUUGGAGAGUAGUGCCCUCGAGGGAAUAGGCUGCGCCCUCUAUAAAGUCACUGAGCCCGAACCACCGAGCCCAGAGACCCUGAAGUGGUUAAAAAGUCCCCAGUUCCUCAUGGCCAAAUACAGGCCGGGCGACCUCGGCCUCAUACCGCGGCCCAGGUGGAACAUCAAACCAACCGCCUCCAGGACGGAAGCCGCUCCGUCCGGGAGCAGCAACAAACCGCCUCUGAACAGGAAACUCUGCAGUCAGAAAACAUCCAGCUCUGACGUUCUGUCUGCUGCUCCAGCUGCUCAGCGGGAAGAUUCAGCCGCAGAAGCCUCCACCUCUGUAGACUGCUGAACCGAAUCCAGUGAUCGAUAAAGACAGGAGAGGCGGGGUCCUGGACGGACAGAGGAUAAUAAAAGACGCUGCAGGAGAGGACUGACAACACAGAAGGAACACGGGGGAAG